AUGGAUCUCGUCAACCACUUGGAAGGAAGAGUUCUCUUCGCCGUGCCCAAGAGCAAGUUCCCCCCCGUCUACAUUCAUACCAUGACUCAUAGCCGUGAGGGCCGCCUGCAGCAAGCAACCCUCGACCUGCUUGCUGGCUGCGACAUCCAAUUCCGCCGCGAGACCCGUCUCGACAUCGCGCUGGUCAAGAACCUGCCGAUCGCGCUCAUCUUCCUGCCUGCCGCCGAUAUCCCGACCUUUGUGGGCGAGGGCCGUGUCGACCUCGGUAUUACCGGCCGUGACCAGGUCGCCGAGCAUGACUCGACCCUUCCGAACGGCGAGACCUCUGGCGUCGAGGAGAUCCUCGACCUCGGCUUCGGCGGCUGCAAGCUGCAGGUGCAGGUGCCCCAAAAGGGCAACAUCACUGAGGCGAAGCAGCUGAUCGGCCGAAAUGUUGUGACUAGCUUCACCGCGUUGUCUGAGGCUUUCUUCACUAAGCUCGAGGGCGCCGAGCCUGGCUCCAAGCUCCAGACUAAGAUCAAGUAUGUGGGCGGCAGUGUCGAAGCAGCCUGCGCUCUGGGCGUAGCAGAUGGCAUUGUGGACCUCGUCGAAUCCGGCGAGACCAUGAAGGCUGCCGGCCUCAAGGCCAUCGACACAGUCGUCGAGAGCACAGCCGUGCUCGUCAAGUCCCGAGACUCGAACAACGACCUCCUGAACCUGAUUACCUCGCGCAUCCGCGGUGUGAUCACCGCCCAGAAGUUUGUGCUGUGCCAGUACAACAUCCCUCGCUCCGAGCUUGCCAUCGCCUCCAAGAUCACCCCCGGCAAACGCGCGCCCACCGUCACCGCCCUGGAGGAGGAGAACUGGGUGGCUGUCAGCUCGAUGGUCGAGAAGAAGCGCAUUGCGACGGUCAUGGACGAGCUGAUCAAGGUCGGCGCGACGGAUAUCCUGGUCUUGAACAUUGCCAACUCGCGUACGGACUAA